GAAACUCUUUUUAAGAAUCAGACAAGGAAUUUAAAUAUGAGUUUUUCAAGUUAUAAACCGAACAUUGAAAAUGGGGAUGUGGCCAUACUAUAUUUUAGUCCAUUAAACAUUACUCAACUGAAAAUCAGACAUGGCCAAACUUUGCAGACGUCGUACGGAGCAGUCAAGCAUGCUGACUUAAUAGGUGUGAAAUAUGGGAGCAAGGUUAACUGUCCUAAAGGAUUUUUCCAUAUACUUCACCCCACGUCAGAGUUAUGGACUCAAGCAGUUCCUCAUAGAACACAGAUUCUGUACUCUACAGAUAUCAGUAUGAUCACAUUUCAACUGGAACUUACAGCUGGAUCAGUCGUCAUUGAAGCUGGUACUGGAAGUGGAUCACUGUCUCAUGCCCUGAUACGAAGUGUUUUACCAACAGGGCACCUAUAUACCUUCGAAUUCCAUAAAGAACGUUAUGAGAAAGCAGCAAAAGAAUUUGAAGAUCAUGGUUUAACAGAGAAUGUAACUAUAACACAUCGAGAUGUUUUAAAUGAUGGAUUUCAACUUGAACAUGUAGCUGAUGCGGUUUUUCUGGACCUACCUUCACCUUGGAGCUGUAUCGAUUCAGCUAAACAAGCUUUAAAAUUAAAAGGAGGUAGAAUCUGUUCCUUCUCACCCUGUAUAGAACAAGUCAGUCAAACAUGUGCCACACUAGCAGAAAAAGGCUUUCAAGACAUCAAAACUUUGGAAUGUUUGCUGCGUAAAUUUCAUGUUAAACAUACUGGAAUGCCAAAAGCCUGUUUAGGUGAACUGACUGAAGUUGAAAAAGCUCAUCAAGCAAAAGUGGAGGCGAGAAAAUCUCAAGCCACAAGUCAGGAGAGCUAUGAGUAUGUUACAGCUGGUCCAGUUCACGAUAUGCAAGGUCAUACUGGAUUUUUGACAUUUGCUUCCUUAUAUUCACAUUGAUGUUGUUUGUUGAAGGGAUAUAAUCAUCUAAUUAUUUUCUUUGCUGUUAGAUCUUAAUUUCAGCUAUCUGUAUCACUUCUCACAAUUAAAAUUUGACAACUCUUCAAUUCAACAAACUAUUUUCAACUGUCAUCUAUCCAAAGCAUUAUUAUCAAUCUUACCUGCAGUUAUUCGGAAAGAGUGACAGAAAUCGAUGAAAUUAAAUUCCAAUUGCUGGCAAUGCAAAUAUUUAGAAGACUAUAGCCCCUUUUAGAAUUUCAUGUUUCUUUUCAUCUUCAACUCAUUAAAUUGUUAUCUUAAAUUUGUUCUUCUUUCAAUGUGAUUAAAAUGUUACUAUAAUAAAUUCUUCAUCUUCAUUUU